AUCUCACCGAUGCCGAGUAUCUAUCAGACAUGAAAUCAUGGACAACCGCGUCCGCUAUCACCGACUUGAGCAGCACCGCGAGGAGGAAUCUCGCCCGACAACAGCUUUCUACCUUGUCGUCUCCGUCUUCGUGCUCGUCGCGGUCAACUACGGACUACAGUACCUAGAUGUAAAUUUCCUCUCUCCGCAAGAGGUUCUCUGGAACACCAUAGUCUAUGUGAUUCCCGCGCCACUGCUACUGAGUGCAGGCCGGAGGCAGGAGCUAAAAGCGAGUAACAUGCUGUCACAAAGUCACGCUGCAAAGAGCGAAGCGCUCCGACAAAUGCUAGGUCUUGGAGGACAUGCGCUCCUGCAGAAGCUACCUGCGGCAGAUGCGAUCGGGCUCGGGGGCGUCUCGCGAAGACUGAGCAUGGGUACGGGACUGCGACCUGCUACUUCGGACGUGCCAGCUGGUCUGGGCAACUGGGACAACAGCUGUUAUCAGAACAGCGUGCUUCAAGCUCUUGCGAGUUUGGAAGGCUUCCGUGGUUGGUUGAAGGCAGCAGAGCCCAAAGACAGCGAGGCAAGCUCGACGACAAAUACCGCGCUGCAGGAGAUGAUUUACAAGCUACGGUCAACGGAGAACAAUGGGAAGCACAUCUGGACACCGGCAAAGCUAAAGAACAUGAGCAGUUGGCAGCAGCAAGAUGCGCAGGAGUACUUUUCCAAGGUCAUGGACGAGUUGGACAAAGAAGCCAGGAAGGCAUUCGCGCAGCAGCUACAGAAGCCUGGUCUGGAGGCUAUAGUGGGAACAGACCACAAGGGCCAGGAACAUGGGUGUGCAGAGGAGGCAGCACAAGCCAUCUUAAUGCGUAACCCACUGGAAGGGCUGACCGCACAGCGGAUUUCGUGUACCCAGUGUGGUUUCUCAGAGGGAUAUUCAAUGAUUCCAUUCAAUUGCCUCACGGUACCACUGGGCAAUUCCCGCUUCUAUGACCUACAGGAAUGCCUCACAGACUAUACAAAGAGUGAGGACAUUGAGGGUGUAGAGUGUCGGAGCUGCACGCUCAUGCAAGCUGCGGAAAGACUGCAGAAGCUACUUGUGAAUGCUCCUUUCCAACCUGGCAAGACGGAAAAUACGGAGGCUUUGACGGCAUCUGUGGGAGGGCAGGCCAUACAGCUUCCACCCGAGGUUAGAGCACAAGUGGUCCAACGCCUGCAUGCUAUUGAAAAGGCACUCGACGAAGAUGACUUCACAGACAAGACACUUAAGCAGGACUGCCAAAUUCCUCUGAAAUCAUACGCGAGCGUUGUCAAACGACGAGAAGCGAUCAUUGGACGUGCACCACAAUCACUCGUGAUACAUAUCAAUCGGAGCGUGUUUGAUGAGAUGACAGGUGCGCAACGGAAGAACCACGCCGAGCUACAGUACCCUAUGAUGUUGGACCUGCGACCAUGGUUGUUGGAGUCGUCGAGCUCACAUGCCACCUUCCAAUUGAGGGCCGUUGUGCAACAUUUUGGGAGGCAUGAAAACGGGCAUUAUAUCUGUUACCGGAAACAUCCAGGCACCCCCCCUCUGACUGAUGAUGAGCCUGAUGCUGCUGAUGUGGUUCCAAACGCCGAGAAAGAGAGAUGGUGGCGGCUUAGUGAUGAAGAUGUCAGUCCUGUAUCGGAGGACGUAGCACUCGGACAAAGUGGGGCUUUCAUGCUCUUCUAUGAGCGAGUCGGCGAGGAACUUCCUGCCGUAGUAGAUGAAGAAGCGACGCCAGAAGCUGCAUCAAUACCGCUGCCGCCCGAUGAAGCGAGUGAGUGGCCUCAGAUCAGUAUGCCGCUCUCCACUGCCACCCCAUCACUGGUCACAUCUUCUGGGCAAUCGGUGAUAUCAGACACAGAUACAGACUUGACCUCAGAAGUGGAGCCUGAUGGUGCAUUCCCUUUGCCCGCAGGAAAAGAACCAAUUCAGCCUCAGAUUUCGCCCAUUAUGAAGACGGCCACGAGUCCUACGGAAUUGCUGCAAGGACUAGGAAUGGAAAGAUCUUCAAUGAUGAGCGUCUAGUGCUAGUAAGAGUUGAAGGCGACACGUUUGUACGAACAGUAAUCAAUGACGAU